UGUGGCGACAUCAUGGCCGAGCUGUGCACGGACAACCAGUGCAUCCAGGUAGAUCCGGUUUCCUGGAGCUACCCGCGCAACGUGAACGCCACCGUGACAUACACGUGCACGAGUCUGCUGAGCGGCUUCUCUUCCAUUUUCAGUUACUGCCCCGUGCGCACGUGCCAGACGGACUACCACUGGACCAACAGUAGCCUCUCUUGUGGAGUGAACGAGUGCUACACGGCGGGCCAGUCCGCCCAGUAUACGGGACGCCGCAUGUGCACGGUGAGUGGACGCACGUGCCAGCCCUGGGUGGACCAGAGUCCACACGCCCACCCAUACAACACCCUGGCCUCAUUCCCCGACACUUCAGCUGCCGCCCUGGGCUCUCACUGCCGUGACCCAGGGGACAAGGGUCAGCCCUGGUGUUAUACCACCGACCCUGGGGUUGAGUGGGAAUUCUGCGGACUCCCAGAAUGCUCUACCCUUCUUGUCACUAGCGGCACGUGCUUGUCAACAACAACCAGCUCCUCCGGAAGUACCGUCCUCACGCCGACACCAAUGACAACUGCGUCGACACCCUCUCCGGUUACAGACAGCCUCUACCAGCGUGUUUCCGGUAACAGAGUCGGCGUCCAGUUUCAGACUGCACUUUCCAACAUCCGGUCUGCUACUUCCUGUUGUCGGCGCUGCUAUCAGAUGACGUCAUGUAUAAUGGUCGUGUAUGAAGUCGUUUCAGAAGCGUGUACCCUUUACCGAGAGGACGCCGAAAGUGUCAGCCCCGUUGACUGCAGUUCACAGAAGUGCUUUGUAUUACAGUCGCAUGUGACGGGAUAAUAUUUGAAAUAUAUAUGGGUCGUUAAUCUAACAUGAAUCCCACCGAUCGUUAUGAACUCUAGUUAGUAAUGAACACAAUACGCGUUUACAUCUACAAGUAAUAAAGCAGACAUAAUUUCCGAAC